UCAAUCUUUUUGAGACAAAAAUAAAAUCUCAAAAAAUCAUUCUUUAUGAUACUGAGGGAGUAAUAAACAUGGGACUUGGUGUUAAGGUUGGGGAAAUUUAGGAGAAGAAAGCGACAAAAGUUCAAAUCCAAACGUAUAAAUUUUAUACGUUCCUCUCUUUUUGAAAGGUACAGAAGAAAUAAACAAACGCCGACCAAGUACAUAAAACAAAUAAACAAACAACAGAACCAUUUAUAUGCAGACAUUUAGAUUGUACUUGGGAAUAUCAAAACAGAUUUUGCAAAUUUCACCCGUAAAGAGAACAUAGAAAAAAGUCACAAAGACUUUGUGAUCUGAUAUUUUCCCCUACAUUUCGUAAAUCAUAUAAAGUUAGGGACGAUCCUCUAUAAGGAAGCCUAAGUGGCUAUAUAUACCUAAAAAUGAACCUUUAAAAGCAAAAAAAAACUCACUAAAAUUUCGUGAAAAAACAAAAAAAAUUUAGGUAGAUAAAAAUAUUUUGAUCUAAAAUUGGCAAAAUCAUAAUUAAAAAAGACCAUUUUUCCCGUGUGGUUUUCCCAAAAAGCCAAAAUAAUGUAUAAAUUGUAUGUCAUAUUAAAAAUAGCGUAUUAGAAGAAAUCACUCACCACUUGAGGGUGUUUUGCAAAUAAAAUUAUAGCAUACUUAUUUUGUCAAUUUUGUUUCAAAAUUUUAGAAACUCAAAAAUGAAAAGGUAGCUACAAGGAGCAACAAAUUCAAAAAUCUAUUUGGUUAAGUAGAAAUAAAUCAAAAUAGUAGAAGGAUGUAGUGGUUUUUCUUAUGAAGUCUCUGAAAAUUUAUACAUUGAAAAUCGAAUUAAACUACGAUGCAACAAAUUCAAAAAUCUAUUUGGUUAAGUAGCAAACAAUAGAAAUAGUAAAAGGAGCUAGCCUUUAUUUUAUGAAGUAUCCCAAAAAUUAAACUUUUAAAAUCGAAAUUACCACCCAACCAUUCUCAAAAAAUUGAUCAAACUGAUUGUGUUUUAAAGUAAAGUGAACUAUUAAGCAACAAAACACAUACACAUGGAAAGAGCAAAGAAAUAAUAUUAAUGCUAAAGCAAAAAGACUGCUUUACACACCACAUAUUGUCGGCAAAGCAUUAAACUGUGGGGAAGAUACAACAAAAUCUUCCUCCUCUUGAUAUAAAAAAAUAAUCAAAAAGUAAAUAAUAUAAUCUUCAAACACUGAAUAAUGGAAAUCAAAUAAAAUCCAGCUUAUCAAGAAUCAACACAAGACAAACAUGAUAAAACAAAGUUUUCCAAUUUAAAGUGAGACAAAAAGUAAUAAUUCAAAAUUCAAUGUUGGAAAAGUGAGAGUCCCUACACAAGCAUCUUGUGGUUGGAGAGGUAUGGGCCAAAUGGCACAAUAAGCACUCAAUGAUUCAUGAAUUUGGAUAAGCUUUAUGGGUCCCAAAUUCUCUCAAUACUCACUUAAAAAAAUGAAGAAAAACGCACUUUCUUGAACCGAAAUUAUUAGAUUCCAAUUAUAAAAUUCUCAGAACCUAGUAAACAUCUCAAGCUGUAUAAAAGACCACAUUGAAUUCUCCAAGACAUUAAGAAGCAAUAACCAAACAAAGCCAAGCAAAGCAGAGAGAAGAGACUUUGAUUCAAAGACUAAAAAAUGGCUGCAAAUGAAUUAGCUUCUUCUUCAGCACAAGCCUUCCAAGAGCAAUCCCUUGGAGGUUUUGUCUCUAGAAAGCUGCUUCUGCACAAUCCAUUUGACCACAACACUCAACGAGCCUUUGCGGUUGCACCAUCUCCUCUCAUGACCCAUGAGAACAACCUCAGUGGGAAUGUCCUGAUGCUUCUCUCAAUCCUCAUCUGUGGCAUCAUCUGUUGCCUCGGGUUACAUUACAUCAUUCGUUGUGCAUUCAGACGUACUUCAAGUUUCAUGAUCUCCGAGCCUAUCUCUGGUCUUUCAACACCAUGCGGUUCAUCAAACAAAGGAAUCAAGAAGAAAGCUCUUAGGAUGUUCCCAGUUGUGAGUUACUCACCUGAGAUGAACCUGCCGGGACUUGGCGAAGAGUGUGUCAUUUGUUUGUCGGAUUUUGUUUCCGGUGAACAGAUCAGGAUGCUCCCUAAGUGCCACCAUGGGUUCCAUGUUCGUUGCAUUGACAAGUGGCUUCAACAACGUUUGACUUGUCCGAAAUGCAGACACUGUCUGGUUGAGACAUGCCAAAAGAUCUUAGGUGACUUCAGUCAAGCUGAUCAAGUGGCAGCAACACCAACAGAGAGCGUAAUUGUCAUGAUUUCUCCUUUAGAACCUGAAGGAAGAGUAAACACUUUAAGAGAAAGCAGCUAGAUGCCAAGAGAGACAGAAACCAUCAAAAAUCAGAAUUUGUGAUUUAGUUAGAUAGGAGAUUUUUGAUCUGAGCACAAUUCAUGUCUUCAGCUUUAGAAGGAUACAUCAGUUUUUUUUAAGUCUUUCUUUUUUGCCUGUAGCACAAAGUGUAUACAGAUUACAGAAAGAAUACAUAUCUCACUUUUCAGUAGUAUUUCACGACUUCAUCAAACAUCUUUUUGAGAAUGUAAUUUUUUCAAUGGAAUGUAAACUAAAUUAAGAAUCAUCUAUAACCAGAGACUGAUAAAUGCUAA